CUAGACCACCGUGUUGCCAGUGCCCCUGCAAUUCCCGCCCCAUGCCAUGACGUUGCGACGAUGGCGACGCCCAACAAUCUCGGACGAUCGAGUUUGUUGGACUCGCACACGCCGCCUCAAAGGCAGCCGACUCAUGUUUUCGAGAGAAGAUGGAGCAACAUGGCUCUCAACAACCCCUGCUUCAAACAGGGGAUAGGCAUCGCUUUGGCGGUGGCAUUGAUUGGGGGCCCCCUCUUUGCCUUGAUGGACAUACCUGAUGAUCCUGGUCUUCCACUCCUAGACUUCAUCAUGGUGUUGUCCACCAUUGUCUUCUGCUUUGAGCUGGUGGUAAAUUUGUGCGCCAGCCCGGCAUAUCGUUGUUCCUUCUUCUGCUUGAUGGACUUCUUUGGCACACUGUCAAUGGCAUUCGAAAUCUCUUUCUUGCUGGGGAGUUCCGAUGCCAUCCACGCUGUGCUGCUCCGCUCGGCCAGAGCAGCCAAGCUGGGCGCACGCGCUGGCCGCAUCUUCAAGCUUGUGAUGUGCUACUCUUUGUUAAUCAAAGAAGGAGGUCUGGAUUCGGAGAAGCCGCGCUUCGAGGCGAAGGUCUUGGCACAACGGCUCACCACUUCCAUCGCUACUAGAGUUGCCAUGCUGACCAUCUUUCUGGUCAUGUUACUCCCUUUGUUGGAGCUCCCUGUGUUCCCACGAGCCGAUCAAUCAAUGGAUUUGUGGGCGCGGAACCUGGAAGAAGCCUAUGCCACGUCCAAUGAGACCAAAUUCUCGAUCGAAGUGUCUACAAUGUCCAGCUUCUACUUGUCGAGCGACUAUGCACCCUAUGCCUUGGAAGGUUUCAACUACACACUCCUCACCUCGGUGCAGCAACCUGCACGCUCACAGAAUCGGGUGAUCAUCGAGGUCUCUGAGUGCCUGGUUCUGCGGGAUGGCUGCGACAACAGCAGCAAAGCGAAGGUCCUCUUCAACUUCACGGGUGCCCACCAGAUAGCAGCUUUGAUGGAGAUUGCACUGGUGAUUGUGAUCGUCGCAAUCAUGAUUGGCAUGACACAAGACUUGGGCAGCGUCCUGACGAUGAUGAUGGUGAGACCGCUGGAAAAGAUGUUUAGUGGUCUGAUGACCUCCGCACAAUCGUUGAUGGACAUAUGCGCCAGCGUUGAUGAUGAGGAGGAGGACAAUGAAGAGACCAGGGCGACUGAGUUAGAGACGAUUGAGAAGACUUUGGAGAAGUUAUCCCGGAUUGCAGCGCAGGCUCUGAACAAAAAUGUGAUUAGCAAAGAAGAGAUGGCGACGAAGAGCGAGUAUGAGAAAGCCGUGCUGGUGGAGAUGUUGCAGACAGAGGUCACCGGCGAAACCAUGACACCAGCCUUGCUGGAGAUAAGGCGAUCCAUGGGGAAAGAGAAACAGGACUUGGAGCUGAGACUGCAAUCAUGGGACUUUGAUACACUAUCGCUGGAUCCUGCCGGGAUGGAAAGCAUGACAACGCAUAUUUUCUUCGACUCCGAGUUCGGGAUCGCAAAGAUGUUCUGUGAAGAUUCGGCCUUCAAAGCCUUUUACGAUGCUGUGAAGCCGAAUUAUCAGGAUGUGCCCUACCACUGCUUUGCUCACGCGUGCGACGUUCUCCACACGGUCUUCCGGUUUUGUGGUCUCAGCUUUGGGCGCUUUUGGAUGAGAGAGGUGGAGCAGUAUUCCUUGCUGAUUGCGGCCUUAUGCCAUGACAUGGGCCACUUCGGAAAGCCGGACGCCCAGUUGACCUUCAGGUGGUGUGGUUCCGAAGUGUGUCAACGAGGAAACAUGCGCAGAUCAAGGACUAAUCCGUUUUUGGUGGAGUCCGGGCACCCAUUGGCCAUCACCUACAACGACAAAUCUCCCCUGGAGAACAUGCGCUGUGCCAAACUGUUUGAAAUCUGCAACGAUCCAACUGCAAAUGCCUUUGGAAAAGCUUCGAAGGACAUUUACAAGGAAGCCAGAAAAGUGGUCGUGGCAGCAAUUCUGCACACCGACAACGCCAAUCAUUUUGCAAUGAUCAAAGACAUUAGCCAAGCCUUUGAGGCCCAAGAACUCUGUUGCGGGAAGCAAGCAGGCGAAACUGGAGGGCUUCUGAAGGAGUACAGGGACAAGAUCCUGGAGCCACACCGGUUGCCGUGGCUUGAGCUUUUCCUACAUUUGGCCGACGUGUCAAACCCGCUGAAGCCCUUCAACUUGUCCCACGCCUGGGCGAUGCGGGUCUUGGAGGAGUUUUUUCUCCAAGGGGAUGAGGAGAAGCAACAGGGGCUCCCAGUGGGCAUGCUGAAUGAUCGCGAGAAGGUCAAUAAGGCGGACUCCCAGCAUGGAUUCAUCACUUUCCUCGUCUCCCCCUUGGUUGUCCCGGCGAUCAACCUUUUCCCACAGUUCACCGACUUACACGUGCAGAUGGUGGUGAACUUGGAGAAGUGGCGGGACCAAUGGAUCUUGGAUGUGAAGCCCUCUGAGGAGGCGAUUGCCAAAAAGGAGGAAAGUCUUGCGAAGUCCAGAGAAAUGACUGAGCGGCUACUUGCCCGCCGUCGCCCACGCGAGAGGAUGGCCCCACCAGCCCGGUCAAGCCAGUGGCCCUUCCGCGACAAGGACACGGAAUGACGUGAAGUUGAAGAGACCUUCGGCAGUUUGGAGAUGAUGAAGCUGUUCCCAAAGUUGCUCAGGAGGUCGACAAGGAUUGAUCGUUGAAGUGGGUGUUCUGCCUCUAAGAGGUUCUGAGAUCCACGGCCGGCCGAUUGGGCAGAAGAGGCGAAGCCUGAAGAUGCCACGGUGAAAAUGCACAUAAAUGCACUCACAACCGGUCCAGGAUGGAAACCAG